AUGGCGCGUUAUAGGCCAUCCAAACAUACUAGAUCAAAUAAUAAAGACCCUAAAGAAGACCUUAUUAAAUUUUUAGAAAAACAUGUAAACUUUUUACAAAGAGAGAAAAGGCGGGUUGGGAAAUUUUUUAGAGAUAAUGGAAUAACAGGUGAAGAAUUAGAUGCUAAACUG